AUGCAGAGUGGCUCGUUCCAGCUGCAGCGGCCAUCAGACCCACCUUCGCAUUUCUGGCCUCAUUUCCUCAAGCAGGUGCAACAAAAGCAAGCAUUUCCAGCAAAUAGCCCACCACAAUCUGCAACCCCAAGCAAUAACAAGCAACUCCAUGCAACCACAAGCAAGAGCAAGCAAGCCUUUGCAAUCCCAAGCAACAACAAGCAACGCCACACAACCACAAGCAAGAGCAAGCAAGCCUCUGCAACCCCAAGCAACAACAAGCAACGCCACACAACCACAAGCAAGAGCAAGCAAGCCUCUGCAACCCCAAGCAACAACAAGCAACGCCAUGCAAUCUUAAGCAAUAACAAGCAUCUCCCUAAGAUCCCAAGCAAUAACAAGCAACGCCACACAACCACAAGCAAGAGCAAGCAAGCCUCUGCAACCCCUAGCAAUACAAACUACUAA